UUAGAAGUCGUGCUACGGAUUAGACGUGUGUUCGUUGUCGUUGUUCAGUUGUUGUGUUUGCUUGUAUUGCCGAGGCACGUACUGUAGUUGUCAUAAGACCCGAAUACUCGUAGAACGUGCAGACGCCUCUGCGCGCCUUUGCAAUAAAUCAAGCGAAAAGUAUUUAAUUAUAAACAAAUGCAGGCAAUCGAAAUGCGCAUUCGAUUUUAGUUGAUGAACACAUUACACAGAUACACACACACAGAGUGUGUGGGUGCAAUCGUCUUCUUCAAUUGUUAAGUGUGCGGAGUGUGCAACCUACCGUUGCUUUAGAUUGUAUUUGAAUUUGUUAGUAAAACUAACGUUCAAAGUGCCGCGAUUGCAUUGUUUAGAUUUUCAUUUUGACUUUGAUCGUGUGCUACACUCUCCACCCCCCCUCAGCAUUCACCCUUCGCGUGUGCCUUGCCCCCACCCACCUAACGUUGACUUGCAAGCGCGUGCGUGUCGUAACUUUUGAUUAGCUGCUUUUUUAUAUUAAAGCAACUCAAGACGAGUCACCGUCAACUACACCGUCACCAUCACCAUCACCAUCAUCAUCGUCGGCGUCAGACUCGAAGCAGGAGCUUCGGUGCACCCUUUGGAACAUUGCGCUUUCGUAACUUAUCGCCGCCUACAUCGCAUAUCUUUUGCAGUGGUUGUUGCUGUUGUUGUUUGUUGCCUCAUCGAAGUACCACAAAAUUGUAAACAAAUGAAUACAAUUAUAAAAAUGUGUCAAUAAAUUGUUGGAAUUCGUUGAUGGAAGCACACGUGUGACUUAAAGGUGUGCUCUUUAUGGUUGUUGUUGUUGUUGUCGGUUAUAUGGUCUUUUAGAAAAAAGAGACAGCGAGAGGGAAGCGACAACAAUACGCAACAUUUGCAAAUUUUUUUUGUAAAUAACAAUAUUACACAACAACAUCAAAAAAACAUGAAAUUUUCCAUCGAUAAAAGACGUAAAGGCGUGGCAGCAGCGCUGCUUCUGCCCCUUCUCUGCCUCUGCCUCUGUCUGCAACUCAAGCAACUGGGCGUCGAGGCACACGUGGCCCUUACGUAUCCACCUGCACGGGGAUACGACUUGGAUUUCUUGGAUAAUGCGCGGACAAAGGCGCCAUGCGGCAUGCCCAAAGGUUCCAUACGCACCUCUUUGUUGUCUGGGACACAGUUUAAUGUUACCUGGCAUUUGGCCUAUGCGCACAGGGGCGGCUUCCGCUUGCAAUUACUGGAUGCACUCGAUAGACCCGUACUGGAUCUAACACCCCAUGUCAAUGGCUCGGAGUUUGUGCACACGGAUGUUACACCCCUCAUCACCCACAGGGCUCAGUCGUAUCAGGUGACAAUUCCCAAGGAUUUCGAAUGCUUCAAUUGCACAUUGCGGCUGCAACGUCAGGCUGAUGAAUGGUCGACCAACUAUCGUUUCUGGUCCUGUGCCGACGUGGAUAUCAAGCAGCGCAAGGACUUCAAGGAGAACUGCUCCGGCAAGGGAAAAUACUUUCCCUCACGCUGCAAGUGCGAAAAGAACUACUAUGGAGCCCAGUGUCAGUAUCGGGACGAGUGCACCACCAAUGCCGACUGCGGUGUCCAGGGCAAGUGCAUCGAUCUUGCGAGCACCUCGCUGCCCCGUCGACAAUGCUACUGCAACUACGGUUGGCAUGGAAUUGGCUGCAACAAGAGAUCCCCCUACAAAUCCACCAGCUUGGAUCUCACUUCCUAUACGAAGAAGGAGCUGUCACCCGAUUAUCACAUGUACUGGCGACUGCUGGAGGAGCAGAAGGAAAUUGAGAUCGUUCUCAAGGUUAAUAGCACCUCUUGGGUGGGCUUGGGUUGGCGGCCACGUGGCUUGACGCCGGAGUGCAGGAAUUUCCCGCUAAUCCGAGACAUGGGAGAUUUGACGACAACCCUCGAAAGCGCGGCACCUGAACCCAAGAGCGAACCAGAGCCGAAGAGCGAACCUGAACCCAAGAGCGAACCUGAACCCAAGAGCGAACCUGAACCCAAGAGUGAACCAGAACCGAAGAGCGAACCUGAACCCAAGAGCGAGCCUGAACCCAAGAGCGAACCUGAACCCAAGAGCGAGCCUGAACCCAAGAGCGAGCCUGAACCCAAGAGCGAACCUGAACCCAAGAGCGAACCAGAACCCAGCUCACAGUUAGCACCUGAACCAAUUGCCGAGCCGAGCUCCAAGACAAAGCGCGUCGCUAAGCAUGAUGAGGAGUUUGGCAACAUUGAUGGUGUCACCUCGGUGGCCACAAGUGUCUCCUAUCGCGUCAGCACCAAAUCCGGACGCAGCCGCCGUCAAGCGACAGAGCCUAAUAGCACAGCGGAACCAAAGAGCGAACCGGAGCCAACAAGUGAACCGGAAGCUACGACAACGAGUGCGCCGGAGCCAACGAGCGAGCCAGAGCCAAAAAGUGCUGCGGAACCAAAGAGCGAACCAGAACCAAAAAGUGAACCGGAGCCGAAGAGUGAACCAGAACCCAAGAGUGAGCCGGAACCCAAGAGUGAGCCGGAACCCAAGAGUGAACCAGAGCCGAAGAGUGAGCCUGAGCCUAAGAGUGAGCCUGAGCCUAAGAGUGAACCAGAACCUAAGAGUGAACCAGAACCCAAGAGCGAACCUGAACCCAAGAGUGAGCCGGAGCCCAAGAGUGAACCGGAACCUAAAAGUGAACCCGAACCCAAGUCAGAACCAGAACCCAAGAGUGAACCCGAACCCAAGAGUGAACCGGAACCUAAAAGUGAACCCGAACCCAAGAGCGAACCAGAACCUAAGAGCGAACCAGAACCUAAGAGCGAACCAGAGCCCAAGAGUGAGCCGGAACCCAAAAGUGAACCGGAACCUAAAAGUGAACCGGCGCCCAAAAAGUCAGCAAAUCUUGAGUCAGCAGAACCCAAGUACAAACUUAAUCCGUAUACACCUCGACAUGACUUUAGUCCCAUGGACUGCACGGAUAUUGUCAUUGGCUCGGCACGUGGCAUGGCCAGUCGUGUGGGAGAUUAUUAUACUCGGGAUCGUUCCACACCACGUAACGAUGAGGUUUUCGGCGGCAAAUCCGACCUGGCUUUGGGCACCGGCUUCGAGGAGGAUGGUGUGACCACCAUCAUAUUCCGCAAAAAAUUGGUGGCUACAGAUCCAACCGAUCACACCUUGGACGAUGCACUGACUCAUGUGAUCUGGGCAAGGGGUCAGGAGCCGACAAAGUAUGUCCAUGUGCCACCUUCUGGUCUGGAAACGGAAGCCUCAACCGUUAAGGAUUUCUAUCAGCCGGAUGAGCUCAAAUAUCAUGGACAUCAAUCGCAACGCGGUGUUACUCAAAUCAAUUUCUUUGAAAAAGAGAAAGCCGCCACUGAAGUCGAUCGCAAUGAUCUGAGCACAAAUGUGCUGGACAAUGACUGCUAUGGACACUGGAAAUAUCCGUCGAAUUGCUCGCCACAGGAGCACACUUGCGAGUACUACGCCUCCUGGGAGACCGUAGGACGGGGCGACGAUAUCCAUUGGCACAUCGAGACGUCAAACACACAAACCUGGACGGGCAUUGGCUUCAGUGAUGAUCAGCGCAUGUCACAGACAGAUGCGAUUAUCGGCUGGGUGGAUGGACGCAGUGGUCGUCCCUUCCUGAUGGACACCUGGGUGCUGGGCUAUGCUCCACCCAAGCUGGACGAUAGCCAGGACAUAACAAAUGCAUCUGGUCGCAUUGAAAAGGGUGUAACCAUCUUGGAGUUCAAUCGCAAGCGGAUUAGCAACGACGAACAUGAUCUCUCCUUCACGGAUGAUCAUUGCCUUUAUCUGUUCUUCCCCGUUCUGGGCGGUGCCUUCAAUGUGGUUAACAAGAAGAUACGCAAGCAUGAGCAAGUGCCACCGAUUUCACCACAACGCGUUUGCAUCAAGUCCUGCGGCAAAGAAUUGGAGUCCGUAUUUGUGGGCACGAGUACACCAGCACCUAGUCGCUUAGUAUAUUCCGUCGGCGUGAAACUGAUGAACUUGGCGGAAUCCUUUGAGGCGCCCAAACCCGGCACUCUGGAGUUCAACAAUCUGGCAGUUACCAUCUCGGACUCCUUCAAUGGCAUACUCUCGCUCAUUCCCGGUUAUUAUAAAACCGAAAUUAUUGGAUUUGAAAAAGAGGGCACCUCAAUGGUAGCCAAGGUGCAAGCGAUGUUCGAUAAGGCUGAUGUGGAAAAGGAGCAUACGCUGGAUACGAAUAACAUCGAGAAGAGCAGCGAGGCGGCCAUACAGAAGAAUGCAGAAGUAAUUAAAGCAGCGCUACAGGAUCAAUUAGCCACCGGCAAGGUGGGAUCCCUGACUGUGGAUCCACAGUAUUUGGACUUUGAAGCCCUGGAGUUUAAGAGUGCUGAGGAGCCAAGUGCCAAGGACACGUUGCUCUCCUUCUUCGAUCUGUCCGAGACACGUUUGUAUAUUGUCCUAGGUCUGAUUGCAGCCCUGGUCCUGAUCGCACUGAUCCAAGCGUGUUGCACGAUAUUCAAAACGUCGCGCAAGAGCAAAAACACAAAGGAGAAACUCAUACAGAACUCACCCUGGAAGGAGUUUGCCUCGAACACGAACUAUGCAUUCGAUCCGUAUGGCGAAACCGAGGAGAAGCACAUGACCAGCAGCACAACGGCCAAGGAGAAGGCACGCAAUCGAUCCACGGCGAGCAGCCAACAGACCACAUUGCCCAUGUCCCAUUCGCCCACGAGCAAAUCCCAGAUGUACUAUGAGAACAGCAAUGUCAAUGGAAAUGGAAAUGGACAAGGACAUGGACAUGGCCAUGGCAAGAGUAGCAACGGCAACACUCGUUCCAAUGGACGCCACAUGAUGCAGGAGAGCAGUGCGGGCGGUUCUACCUCCACUGCACCUGGUCCUUAUUCACGUGGCAGCUAUGCGGAGCGUGCUUACUCGCUGCCCCGACAGAAUCAUCAGUAUCAACAGAACUCGUCUAAUAUGCAGCCAUCCGGUUAUUAUACGCAUGAUCGCCGUGCUGCCCGACAGGAGCGCGAACGGGAAAGGGAGCGGGGCGAGGAGAGACGUCAUCGUCAUGAAAGAGACUCCAGCUAUGAUCGAUCGCGCGAUGAUCCGCGUUUAAAUGGUGGCUCCGAUACGCCCGACUUUUAUUUCAUGCCAUCGCAACGGAAAUAUUCGGGUGAAGUGGUGCGUGUCUAUGUAGACUAUAACAAGGAUCCGAAGAACUAAGAGACACACAACAGAACAUCCUCGGUGACAUAUACAGACAUGUACAAACACAUAUGUACACAUGUGUAAAAUGCGAGUGCAUACACAAAGCGUUACAAUUUAUUUAAAAUCUUGUUUUAAGUCCAUCUCUUAACACUCCGUCCUUCUAUCUGGCCCUCUGCUGCUUCUCGUUUCGAUUGCCAUAAAGCAGUUUCACUGCAUGCGAUUUACGGGGGACUCCCCCCGUUUUCACUUUGGGUGCGUAAGCUUUCUAAUGACGCACAAACACACUCACACAAAGACAGACAGUUAAUUAUUAUUAAUGAUGCAGUUCAGGAAAUGCUUAAACAAAAAAAUUAAAGAAAUCCACAAUUUAGUAAAUUGUAAAUAUUUUGCAUAGAUUUUUAUGGUCUGAACAUCUAAGUAUUGAUUCAGGACUUUUGUUUUCUCUUUAAUGUGCAAAGAAAAAUAGUCACUGUAUUUAAUCAAAUUAAAUAUAUGUAUGUUAAUAUAAAGUUUAAUAAUGUUGAGCGCAUAAUUACGACAUAAUACUCGUACAAAAUGUUUAAUUUUACAUUACAUUAA